AAAUAAACGUUGCAGAAUCACAUCUUAUUCUGCUUUCUGCCUGCGGUUCCAAUCUCUGACGCGGUUUGGGACGAUUCGGUAUUUAGGAUGGUGGUAUGUCCAGUCUUGGAACAGCCUUCCCGUCGCAAGUCACAAAAAAUAUCUCGACAAUCGCUUCGGCAUUUUUUAACCUCUUUCAUAUUUUCUACGCCUCCACACAACGCGUACUCACGACAUGUCAUCACAAGCUCCGGAUUCGAAAUCGAGGUCAUGGCAUCUCCGGAAUUGUCGGCGCAUCUGCGAUAUCUGAAUGAAUCCGCACAUCUACUUGCGACUGCAGCCCCAGAGACAUCCAGACAUUUGAUGUCGCGACAUAAUGCUCUGCUGUUCGCCAAUCAAAUCGAGGUUGAAGGUACACAAAGGAAGUCUGCAUGCGGGGCUUGUGGAGCUUUAGUUGUACCAGGCUGGGAGGGGACGUUAGAGAGUCAUAUUGAACGAUCGAAAGUCUCGAAGAAAAGGAAGCCGGUGGAGCGUACCGUGCAGAAGAGAGCUAUGGUCUAUGAAUGUGGAAUUUGUGGAAAAAAGACUUGGGAGACCGUUAAAGCACCACCGGCAGUCAAGAGACAAUCAUUGACAUCGGUGGUCUCACAGCCAGCAGAUCAUAUAGGAGUUUCAGCAAGUCCAGCUGUAGCUACCUCAUCCACAAACUCAAGUAGUAAGAAACGGGCAAAGACACGGAAAGGUGGGCUGGCUGCUAUAUUGGCUCAGAAGAAGACAGCGGAUACUUCUGGUUCUGGAUUUGAUCUGAUGGACUUCAUGAAAAAGGCCUGAAUCAAGCCCAGUAUUAGUUUCAGACAUCAUUAUAUUCAUUUACUCAAUGGCUCGAAGAUUACUAUACAAUUAAGAACUC